UUAGAAUCUCUGUCUCUCUCUUUUAAAUCAUAAACUCUGCCUCCAUGUCUGCCUCAGUGAUCCCAAGAGGGAGAGAUUUCUUCACCAAUCUUCAAAUCCCAUCUCCCGUGAAACGAACCCAUGUUUCCAUUUUUCAGUUACUUUCUCUCUCUUUUCCCCUCUUUCUUCUUCUUUCUCUCCCUUCUCCUCCUUUCCAUCCCUUGUUUUCCCGCCAGACCUUCACCGGGAACGUUAACGGUUGACACAACAACCGCUUUAACUGUCAAAGACAUCAAAGCCACAUGGCAUCAGUUCGAGCGAUUCCAAAACACUGCCAAGGGAAGCCACGUCAGCGGCCUAUCGGAGCUCAAGAAGUACUUCCAUGGGUUCGGCUAUCUCGUGGUAUCGGAUACGAACUUCACAGACACAUUCGAUGACCGAUUCGAAUCGGCGGUGAUUCGUUAUCAAUCCAGACUCGGUCUCCCUGUCACCGGUAAGCUCGAUUCCGAUACGGUCUCACAGAUAAUGUCGCCUAGGUGUGGCAUGAGCGACACACACGUGUUACAUACGACACGGCACUUCGCUUACUUCCCUGAUGAGCCGAGGUGGACUCGCCGGACUCCGAUGAGACUUAGUUACGCUUUCUCGCCGGAUAAUAUGUUCCGAAACCUGAGUGCGUCCGAUAUACGAGCGGUUUUUGAACGGGCUUUUACACGGUGGUCUGCUGUUAUACCGGUGAGUUUCUACGUAACGGAGAAUUAUGACUCGGCUGAUAUUAAGAUUGGGUUCUAUAGUGGGGACCACGGAGAUGGACAACCGUUCGAUGGGGUGCUUGGCGUGCUCGCACAUGCCUUCUCGCCUGAGACCGGGUUGUUCCAUAUUGAUGCAGGGGAGACGUGGGCGGUUGAUUUUGGGAAGGAGAAAUCAAAGGUGGCCGUUGAUUUGGAAUCGGUUGUAACACAUGAGAUUGGACACUUGUUAGGGCUGGGUCACUCUUCAGUGCGAGAGGCAAUUAUGUAUCCUAUCUUGAUCCCAAGGACUAAGAAGGUGGACUUGAAGCUUGAUGACGUGGAUGGGGUACAGGCCUUGUAUGGAUCAAACCCAAAUUUCAAGUUCAGUUCUUUGUCGGCUUCUGAUACGUCUACAAAUCAAGCCGUUGGUUCAAGAAUCCGGACCUCAAAGUGGCUCACUUCUCUCCUACUCUUGAUAUUGUGUUUGUUUAUAUAAUUUUCUUCUUAGGUCAUAUUUUCCUUAAUUUUUUUUUUAAUUUUUAUUACAUAUCACAUCACUUGUAGAAAGAAGAAAUUUUUUCAUCCACAGCUUCUUUUGUUAUAAAUCAAAGGAUUCAU